CAAGUUUGUUCCAUUGCAAUUGUGCAACACGGAAUGUCACCGGCGACAGCGGCAGCGGCAGUUCGAACUCCCAUGUCAAACCAAUGUGCAUCUGCAGAGCAUGAAGCCAUCGAGGUCCGCGAGGAGAAGCUUCCAGUCGCCUGCUGCGCCAAGUUUGGAAGGACAAGGUUUCUUUGUCAGCGAAGUGCCAACGCGUUCUACUUUCCCCAUGUGUUGCACGUUGGGCCAAACUUGGGAUGCAUGUUGAUCACGUACUCCAUUAUCCUUGCUCCAACCCUCAUCUUCGUUUUCGCGAACAGCUUGGCAUCCUGGGUGUCCGUGCUCCUCAUCGUGUCCAUUGCGCUCACGUUUCUGUCGUUUUCCAUGGUGGCAUGCAGUGACCCCGGGGUCAUCCGCGAGCAUUACGUCAAUGCUGUCGGUGACGACGCGGGCAUUCUCUGCGCGCAUUGCCAAAUUCGUCGGCCUCUCAAUGCGAUCCAUUGCUACGAGUGCGAAGUGUGCAUUGAUGGGAUGGACCACCAUUGCCCGUGGACCGGCAAGUGCAUUGGCAAGAAGACGCUGUAUUGGUUCUACCUGUUUCUGUGGAUGAUCUGCAUCCACAUGACGUUUGGCAUUGGCACCGUCGUGUAUUAUUGUAUUGGUGGUCGCACGUCAUAGUAUAACACGCACAGUGUCUUGAAUUGUUAUAACAACAACCUGAUGGGGCGAGUAUGGAUCCGGCGAAAGUGAUACUAAGACUUCACUUUACAGCAAA